AUGGAAACGCCGGCUGUGGACCUAGACAACAUCAUCGACCGGUUACUGGAGGUAAGAGGAUCGAAACCCGGCCAGCAAGUCGAUCUAGAGGAGCACGAGAUCCGGUUUCUGUGCUCGAAGGCGCGGUCCAUUUUCAUUAAGCAACCGAUCCUACUGGAGCUAGAGGCCCCCAUCAAGAUAUGUGGUGACAUUCACGGACAAUACUACGACCUGCUACGUCUUUUCGAGUACGGGGGAUUCCCUCCUGAGAGCAACUAUCUUUUCCUAGGUGACUAUGUGGAUCGUGGGAAACAGUCGCUGGAAACGAUCUGUCUGUUGCUGGCAUACAAAAUCAAAUAUCCUGAAAACUUCUUCAUUCUAAGAGGGAACCAUGAGUGUGCGUCCAUCAACCGUAUUUACGGUUUUUACGACGAAUGCAAGCGCCGCUAUAACAUUAAACUAUGGAAGACCUUCACCGACUGUUUCAACUGUCUACCCAUCGCGGCCAUAAUCGACGAAAAAAUCUUCUGCAUGCACGGUGGGCUAUCUCCUGAUCUAAAUACCAUGGAACAAAUCAGGCGUGUGAUGCGUCCCACCGACAUUCCAGACGUGGGACUGCUCUGCGAUCUCUUAUGGUCCGACCCGGACAAGGAUAUUGUGGGAUGGUCUGAAAAUGACCGUGGUGUUUCGUUCACAUUCGGACCUGACGUGGUGAGUCGUUUCCUACAAAAACAAGACAUGGAGCUUAUCUGUAGAGCCCAUCAAGUAGUGGAAGACGGGUAUGAAUUUUUCAGCAAGCGUCAACUAGUUACGCUGUUCAGUGCGCCCAACUACUGUGGCGAGUUCGAUAACGCUGGGGCCAUGAUGAGUGUGGACGAAAGUCUACUGUGCUCUUUCCAGAUUUUGAAACCAGCCCAAAAGACUUUGCCUCGACCACAGGGCAAGAAGAAGAAAUAG